AUGAAGCUGUUCCUUCUUCUGACUCUCCUUGGAGGGGCAGCUGCAGCUGCAUUAAAGGACGAUAAUAAGAUAGUUGGAGGAUAUGAGUGUCCAAAGAAUUCUGUUCCCCACCAAGUGUCUCUCUUCACCGGCUACAACUUCUGUGGCGGGACCCUUCUGUCUGAGGAGUGGGUGCUCUCUGCUGCACACUGCAAAACAAAAUCAGAUGUAGAAGUUCGGCUGGGGGAGCACGACAUCUGGGAGGCCGAGGGGACUGAACAGCACAUCAUGUCCGCUAAAUUCAUCCGCCACCCUGACUACAACUCCCGCACACAGGACAGUGACAUCAUGCUGAUCAAACUGAGCCGACCUGCCACUCUGAACAGCUACGUACGUCCUGCCGUGCUCCCUUCAAAGUGUGCAAGUGACGGAACAAUGUGCCACAUCUCUGGAUGGGGGAGUCUUCGAGCCAGCAAUGACGGCUCGAGGUAUCCUGCUAAGCUGCAGUGCCUGGAUGCUCCUCUCCUGAGUGAUGACACAUGCUUUAACAUGUAUCCUUUCCAAAUCACUGAAAACAUGAUCUGUGCUGGCUUCCUGGAGGGAGGGAAGGACUCCUGUCAGGGGGACUCCGGGGGUCCCAUGACAUGUGACGGAGAACUCCAGGGGGUGGUGUCCUGGGGUCACGGCUGUGCUUUGAGAAAAAAGCCUGGGGUGUACACAAAAGUUUGCAAUUACAUCUCCUGGAUCAAGAACACCAUGGCGUCUGGCUGAAAAGUAAAGAUG